AAAAAAAAAAGAAGCCACAUUAAACAAAAUGCUGCUUUUUAUCUGCAUGUUAUGCCAGUAACUGUGAUGUGAUACAGGUGUGAGGAAAGGUUUUGAAAUGCAUUUCAAAAAGGCAAAAUUCCGUACUACCAUCCCACUUUGCCAUCUUUCCCAGAAAAAUAAAAAUGUCAUUGAGAUACAAAGUUAAUGACUUGAGAACACAUGCCAGCUCACACUUUAUCUAUUUCUUUUAGCGGGCCAUGAUUGCAGUAUUUUUUAGAAGCUAAAGUAAAAAUUAAAAGUUCUCUGAAGAGCAAACACCUCCACCUCUCACUAAACCCCAACAACUCAUUCAAGAUAAUGAGCAAAUUCACUGAUCCACUCACAGCUUAGGUCAAACAUCUGCCUUAGCUGUGUACCAGCUCAUGAAGUUUUAUUUUUAUUUAUUUAUUUAUUUAUUUUACCACUGUGAGGAACAUGAUCAAUACCACUACUAAAGUAAUAUGGAAGUUCAGGAAGGGCAAAAUGAAAACGCUAUAAAAAUGGCAAUGCCUGACAUCAAAACCAUGUUCUAAACAUUAAAAUUUAUUCAUCUUGGAAGACAGCAUCUUUCAAAAGACUGAAUUACUCAAGAUUGCUUUUUCUUCCUCUUUUAUAGAUAAACAUUGUCUGAAGCCUUCAGGUACCGCUCACAUGAGCAGUCAGCACCCACCUCAGCCCGCUCAGUAUUUACCUAAACAUACGUCUGCUCUAGAGGCGAGGAACAUGCCAAAUGUUAAAGAAACCUUUGCCUCCCCCACGGCCUCUGAAGACACUGCCAAAACAGUAUCAGCCACUUCCUCCAGAGCCGAAGAUAAGCAGCCAGGUCUUCCACACCAGGGAAACACCCAGCCAGGCUCAUACUUUUCCAAUAUCAGCAAAGCCCACAAGGCAUCUAUCUUUUAGAGAAUGGAAUGAAGCAUCUGGAAGAGAUAAAGAUACAAGGAAGCAACUUGAAUUGAUUUUACAAGCACAACAGUAUAAAGCAGAGCAUCUUCCUGAAGCCAGCUUUCAAUAUACGCAGAGCUCCAAAAACGUUUGCAGCUCAGGAUCCACGUUAAAUGCAGAGAAUGUGUCAGUCAAGAGGUCACCAUCUCCCAUACACUAUACAUCAUGUGAAAAUAAACCAAAACAUUCACUUGUAGAAGAGGAAAUGGAAUAUAUUGCCCAACACACUGAAAAGGACUUAGAGAAAUAUGAAUGGUACAUCGGAGAAUAUGAUCGCCACGAAGCAGAGGCGGCGCUGCUGGAGGAGAACACUGAUGAAACUUUCUUGGUUAGAGAUUGUUCACAGAAAUCAAACUCUGAACCAUAUGUCUUGGUUGUCUAUUACGGAAGAAGAGUAUACAACAUUAAAGUACGUUUUCUGGAGGACAGUCAACAGUAUGCACUGGGAACAGGGCUCAGAGGAGAUGAUAAAUUUAGCUCUGUGAAAGAUAUAAUUGACUUCUACAAAUCUGUUCCCAUCACACUCAUCGAUGGAAAGGAUAAAACAGGAAUCCAGAGAGUACAAUGCUACCUUACAUAUCCAUUAAAGUUGCGCAGAAGAUGUUUCCUACCUUAACCUCAUCAACUUUUGAAUAAAUAUAAAUAGAACAAUUAUUUAAAUGUACAAAAAGCCAAGUUAACCUUUGAGCAAUCAGCUCCCCAUAUUAUGAAGAAUUCUGCGUGUUCCACUAAAAUCUUCUCUCCAACUUGGAUUAUAGAUCUACUGCAUUUUUGAAUUCUUGCAAUGUGUUUUUAUCUAGUAGAUGUAAAAACUUUAUGUAGGUGAAGUAUACAUCACUGUAUUAACUCACAGAAAAGCAUUAAGAGACCGACUCCUAAUACUCUGACAACAGUUGAGCAAUUUGCUUAUUUUGCAUUGUACCUAACACAAGAUAAAAACCAAAUUCAGUCUUGCUUACUUGAACGUCACUGAAGCUCAUUCAGUAGCAAAACCUAAUAAAAAAAUCUGUACCAAAAAAAAUAUUCUUUCCUAUAAAAAUACACAUGAAACAUUA